UCCCUGGUCGUCCAAGAAUGGCCGCUGCCGCAGCAGGAAUAAACAAGCACGGCGCCGCAGCGACGAUGGAGCCCUGUCUGCGCCAUGGCAGGGGGAGCAGUGGCAGCACCGUCAAGGUGCUGGAGUGCGGCGUGUGCGAAGACGUGUUCUCCCUCCAGGGCGACAAGGUUCCCCGUCUUCUCCUCUGCGGCCACACGGUGUGCCACGACUGUCUGACACGGCUGCCCCUCCACGGCAGGGCUGUCCGCUGCCCCUUCGACAGACAGGUCACCGAGCUAGGGGACUCUGGAGUUUGGGGUCUCAAGAAGAACUUCGCUCUGCUGGAGCUGUUGGAGCGUCUCCAGAACGGAGCCACCAACCAGUCGGGAAUAGCCGAGGAUGCCCUGAAAGGCAUGGGGGAAUGUAUAAUCCGGUGCGACGAGGACGAGAAUCACACGGCCUCCAUGUACUGCACCGUGUGCGCCACCCACCUGUGCGCUGAGUGCUCUCAGCUCACCCACUCCACUCGCACGCUGGCCAAACACCGCCGCGUCCCUUUGGCUGAUAAGCCUCAUGAGAAGAUGCUCUGUCCACAACACCAGGUCCACGCCAUCGAGUUUGUGUGUCUGGAGGAAGCCUGUCAGUCUGGCCCCCUUAUGUGCUGCGUGUGCAAAGAGUACGGCAAGCACCAGGGACAUAAGCAUGCUCUUCUUGAGACUGAAGCCAAUCAUAUCCGUGCAUCCAUCCUGGACAUGGCCCACUGCAUCCGGACCUUCACGGAAGAGGUGUCCGAGUACUCGAGGAAGCUGGUGGGCAUCGUGCAGCAAAUAGAGGGCGGCGAGCACAUAGUGGAGGACGGCAUAGGAAUGGCGCACACGGAACACGUCCCUGGAACCGCAGAGAGCGCACGUUCCUGCGUCCGAGCUUACUUCGCCGACCUGCACGAGACUCUGUGUCGGCAGGAGGAGAUGGCGCUGAGCGUGGUGGACGCUCACGUCCGGGAGAGGCUCAUCUGGCUGAGGCAGCAGCAGGAGGACAUGACCAUCCUGCUGUCUCAGGUCUCCACUGCCUGCCUGCACUGCGAGAAAACUCUUCAGCAGGAUGAUUGCAGAGUCGUCCUGGCGAAGCAGGAGAUCAACUGUUUGCUGGAGACACUUCAGAAGCAGCAGCACCAGUUCACCGAGCUGGCGGAUCACAUUCAGUUGGACGCCGGCAUCCCGGUCACCUUCACUAAGGACAACCGGGUCCACAUUGGUCCGAAGAUGGAGAUCCGUGUUGUGACUCUUGGGCUUGACGGGGCUGGAAAAACCACCAUCCUGUUCAAGCUGAAGCAGGAUGAGUUCAUGCAGCCCAUCCCGACCAUUGGUUUUAAUGUGGAGACAGUGGAAUAUAAGAACUUGAAGUUCACUAUCUGGGAUGUUGGUGGAAAGCAUAAGCUCCGGCCUCUCUGGAAACACUAUUAUCUGAACACCCAAGCGGUGGUGUUUGUGAUUGACAGCUGCCACAGGGACAGACUCAUGGAGGCCCACAGCGAGCUGGCUAAACUACUGACUGAGAAAGAGCUGCGGGACGCCCUGUUGCUCAUCUUUGCAAACAAGCAGGACGUUCCUGGCGUCGUGUCCGUGGAGGAGAUGACAGAACUGCUGAGCCUGCACAAGCUGUGCUGUGGGAGGAGCUGGCACAUUCAAGGCUGCGAUGCCCGCAGCGGGAUGGGCCUCCAUGAGGGGCUGGAUUGGCUCUCCAGACAGCUGGUGGCCGCUGGGGUCCUGGAUGUGGCGUAAACUUCUUGCACCCCCCACCCCACCCAUACUUAUUCUCCCCCGACAGCUGAGUCCGGAUCACCCACUCUCAGAAACAUCAAAGCUGAAGUUUCAAUUUCUUUCCUUCUUUGUGCCCCACAGACGGGCAAAGAAAAGAAAGAUGUAAAUGUUUCCUCUGGCUUCAUUAAAUCAGACUGUGGACAAAUCUUUCAGUCUGACCAGUAUCCUCCAAACCUUGCUGAAAUAAACUCAAAGCUUGGCUUCAACCCUCGAUCAAGUCCAAAAAAACCCACCUGGAGUCAUAUCCAGUUGCUUUCCUGAUUUAUUAGUUUUUUUUCUCUUCAUUCUAAUAUUUUUGUCGGCCUCCCGUUUAUCUUGCUCCUGUAACUAGUUGAAUCGUGUCAGUUUUAUCUUAAAUGCUCCUGGUUCCCUGACAGUGGCCUCCUUCAUGUCUGAACUGCAUUUAGAGUGGUCCAUGUUGUAAUAACAGUAUAAUUUAUGUACCUUUUUAGUUGCUUCAGAUAAUCCAGCAGAGUUGCAGUUAAGUGAAAUGGGACAAGUAUCAACUUUAAAUGAAACCAUUUGAUGGCCAAACAUUCAGAUUUUGCCUUUCGUCUAAUUGGCUCUUUUAAGUUAUACAUGUUUUUUUUUUUUUUUUUAUGUGUGUGAAGAUAUUUAAUGCCACAGCGGGACUUGAAAUGGCACACCCGUGGAGUGUUUUCUGUUACGAAACAGACUGUUUACUGAACUUAUUUAUCAGCGAGAGGAAGGACGUUUAAGAGCGUCUACGUGCCGAUUCCACGUCCAUUUGUCAAGUGUCCUGGACGCAGAGUUCGUUGAACGUCAUUAUCUGCUGCCUCAAUACCAGUUUUCCCUUUUUUGGUUUUUCCCCAGUGUGUAUUAACUUCACUGCAGUUUAAACAGAGCUACACUUUUAAUCAGUCUUAAUGUGAAACUUGGUAGAACAUAAAACCUAACAACUUCUUGUUAUUGAGGAACCGUCGUUUGAGUUAAUCAGUCUUAAUGUGAAACUUGGUAGAACAUAAAACCUAACAACUUCUUGUUAUUGAGGAACCGUCGUUUGAGUUUGGUCUUUAUUCAUUGCUAUGUAAUGUUUAAUAUUUGCAUCCAUGUAUCAAAAUACAGAAGAAAAGCGCGUGUGAAGAGCCUUUCCACAGUUUGAAGACACUUCCUUUUGUUUUCUGGAACCGAGAAGCACAACGUGCACUGAAACCUUUGUUACGGUGAACUUAACGAUGGUUUUUUUUUGUAAAUUACGCAUAACGUAAUGCUGUAAAAUAAACUGGUUGACAUCA